AUGGAGGAGGCCACCUUGCGCCAUUUUCUGUAUCAUGGGGACUUUGUGCCGCCUACGGAAGAUAGAAUGCUUGCUCACGAAAAGGAGGUAGAGAUCUGUCACUGGUGCCAGAUUCGCGAUUUCCCCAACAACAGGGAAUACCCGAUCACAAUCGUGAACAAGGAGGACGACGCUGUCAUUCCGGCUACCUUCCGCUUCCUCCAGGCCUCGAGGCUCGGCGACGGCGUCCAAGCUGCAGAGGAUAGUUUCCGAACAGGCUGCGAGUGCCGUGACGACGAAGAAUGCCAAUACCGCGGUUGCCUAUGUCUACAGGAGCAAGAAGACGAUUCGGACGACGAGGGCAAGGCACGCAAGAAGGUCUACAUGUACCACAUGCACGGCGCAAAGGCGGGGCUGCUGCGAUCCAAGUUCCUAAAGUCGAAGCGACCCAUCUACGAGUGCCAUGAUGGCUGUGCCUGCACUGCGGACUGUCCGAACCGUGUUGUCGAGAGGGGCCGAAAAGUGCCGCUGCAGAUUUACCGGACAAAAAAUACAGGAUGGGGUGUGCGCUCGCUAGUCGAUAUCAAGAAGGGUCAGUUCGUUGACAAGUACAUUGGCGAGAUCAUCACGCCCGAAGAAGCGCAGCGUCGCCGUGACGAAUCGGAUAUCGCGCAGCGGAAGGACGUGUAUCUGUUUGCCCUGGACAAGUUCACCGACCCGGAUUCUCCGGAUCACAGACUCCGGGGGAAUCCGCUCGAAAUCGACGGCGAGUUCAUGUCUGGGCCGACACGGUUCAUCAACCAUUCCUGCGAGCCCAAUUUGCGCAUCUUUGCGCGUGUGGGAGACCACGCCGACAAGCACAUUCACGACAUCGCCAUGUUUGCACUCGAAGAUAUCCCUGCUGGCGAGCAACUCACGUUUGAUUAUGUCGACGGCGUGUCUGAGGAAGACGACGAUGCCAAGGACAAGAGCAAACAAGGCCGGAUGGGCUGCUGCAUCUCCCGCCCUCAGGGCUCCAACUCACCCUAUCCCGGGCCUACCAACACCGGCUCAGCCCGCGCAAUCAACCCUUCAACCUCGGCCGGCGCCCGUGACAACGAUGAUUCCGCUGCCGAAACCACACAGACGUCGAGUCGCAGUCGCCGUCAUCGCCACAGCAGCAUGCCUCUCGACAAGCACAUCAACAAGCCUCUCCGCCGACAUGUCUGGACCUCCAAGGGCCGUGCCUGGUCCAGAGCCGCCCUCGAUCAUGAGCGCACCGAAUUCUUCGACACCCGUGUCACUGGCCGCCCCGAGGUGUGGCAGUCACUUCACGCCGCGCUGCAGGUCCUUUGGGAUCCCGUCGGCCAGGGCGCUGCCGAGGACGGCACAAAUGGCCUCGCCACGGCUCAGAGCAUUCUCGAUGCUGCGGAGAUCACGCUACCCACUGGAGACCUGGCGCAAGGUGCUUACGAUGAGCUAGGCAGCUACUACCCGUUGUCGGAAUGGGUGGUUGCCGACCCCACGAAUCUUGUGGAGGAUGAUGCCACCAUUGAUGGCACGGACGAGGGCCUUUCGACGAGGGAUCUGAAAGACGACCUGGCCGGUGGGGAUGAAACAACGGAAGAGCUUGACGAGGACGAGAAUGUGAAGCGUAAGGAAGAGAAGGGCAAGGCUGUUCUCGAUGCGCGCGACCAGCUUUCUGUGCUAGCUCGAUUGAGCGAAACGGCACGCGAUGUGACUGUCAGCUUUGUGAAGUCCGACAGCGUCGCUACAGUUGCCCGCAAGAUACAAACCGAGUCGGGGCUCCCCGCGACGAAGAAAGUACGCAUUGCAUUCAUGGGCAAAAUUCUCAAAGAGAACCUCCCCCUCACCGAGCAAGGCUGGAAGCAUGGCUACGUGGUGAACGCCCUCGUCUUCGACCGAUAG